AUGGAAACGGCAGCCUCCACUCUCUACGAACGCCUCAACCCAGACACCUCCGAGAUUCGACUACUAGAGGUUCCCUCAGAUGGCUCCGAGGACUGGGGACUCAUCACAGUCUCGCUUGACGACAACCCAGAAUACUUUGCGCUCUCGUACGUCUGGGGCGAGGAGAAGGACCUCAAAAAGAUCGCCCUCCAGGGCCAAGACAAAGAGGUCACGCCAAACCUGGCUUCUGCUCUGUCUCACAUCCGGAGUGGGAACAUUGGAAGAACUUCCACCCCCAUUAAAUAUUUAUGGGCAGAUGCCAUCUGCAUCAACCAAGAAGACAUCUAUGAGCGUUCGCAACAAGUCCAGCUCAUGAGCCGCAUAUUCAAGUGCGCUCAAGCUGUCUGCGCAUGGGUUGGCCCAAAAGAUCACUCGCGAGCAUUUGAAACCAUCAGGGAACUCGCUAACGAGGUGGCUCUGCAUUAUUCAAGUUAUGUCCCUAACGACCGUGAUGAACACGUCAGCUUCGGUAUCCUCGACAUGCCCCCAUUCGAGCUCGAGUGGCUUCAACGACACCCCAGUCUUUGUAGUAAGACACCAAACACUGAGGGAAAGUUCAAAAACGAUGCAUGGAACUCCAUUGGGGAUCUUUUUCUGGAGAAAUACUGGGAGCGAGUAUGGAUCUACCAAGAAGUCGUGCUUGCUAGUCGGCUCCACCUAUUCAGCUCAGGUGGCAUGACUCUGAGUCGGCAAGACCUUUUUAUGUUUGCACAAAGUUAUACAGAGCUUGAUCUGAAGACCAAAAUCCGCAGGGGUAAGGUGCAAAGGCCAGAAUUUCUUUGCCAAGAGGUAUGGGAAGGUCUGCGCUGGUUUCCGCCCCAUCAUGGAAUCGACUCACUCCGUGAUGCCUGGAAAAUCAUAAUAAUGAAUGAUACCCUGAGACCAAUCAAGGAGUUUUGGGCGGAAUGCGGUCUUUGCCCCAGCUGGAAGCAAUCAAUCGCUGCGACACGGCUUGUCGCCAAAGAUCCAAAGGACUACAUUUACGGGCUUCUGGCAAUCACUCAAAUCCCAAUGACACCAGACUAUACCAAAAGCGACGCUGAAGUGUAUACCGAGUUCGUCGAGCGCUGGAUCGAGGCCUCCUUGGAAUUGGAAGUUAGGAAUAAACCAAUCAUGCAACUUGAACAGUCGCGGAUCCUACCCCUUGGCUUCUUGUCGCUUGCGGGUGUUGGGCAUUUUGGAUCCUCGGACGACUUUCCAUUUCCAAGCUGGGCUCCGAAUUUCCCCAAGAAUGCUCUACACAGAGAAACAAGGAUCUUGCAGGUUACGACUCCCCCGAGUCAAUCUCGAGAGGAUCCAAGCAGGUAUCCGUAUCUAGACAGAAAGACUGGAAGCCUUGUCGUUUUGGGAGCUGAGAUCGAACCAGUUCUCCAUGUAUCCAAUUUCACCAGCCCCGCUUGUUUCGAAGAACCCACUGGUUUCGACAACCUUAAAACUAUUCGAAAACUAUUCUGUGACAUUAAACACUCUUUUCGCUGCUAUACAUCCCGGCAUCCACGCUCCAUCUCCGGCACCUCAUCCUGGCAAGAUAUCGCUCGUCUACUCUACAAGAAGGUCUCAAAAGAUGUGACAGAGGAUAUGGUCUAUUCUCUUCUUACUCUAGCUGCCGUGUCAAGUCCAAACGAGACAGAGAAUUACCCUGACGGUUUGGGCGGCUGGGACUCCCCAGACUCUUCAAUUUUCCCUACCGAUUGGGAGACUCAACUUUACCAGCGGGCUUUCCCAGACAAAUAUCUAACCGAGCUAAAGUUUAAUGAUAAUCCAUUCGCAGAUAAAGAAUCUCGGAAAGACAAACUUUUGGAUCAUCUAAUAACCCUGUGUCAGGAGAUUGGGGAUCGGUCAAUUUUUGAGACCAAGAGGGGAUACCUUGGACGAGGACCCCUAGAUGUACGAGAAGGCGACCGACUCUGCGUGCUCAAGCACUAUGACCAACCUGUGUCACUCCACCAACUGGGGGAUCAUUAUACCUUUGUGGGAACCGUGUUUGUUGUUGAUCUAAACCAACCCGAAUGGAUACAGGAUAACCCAUCCGGUCUAGAGUGGCUUACGCUGCGAUAG